UAUAACCCAGGUACUAGUCAAAACCAGUUUACAAAAGUACUGAUGUUAUACGGAAAGUUUGGGCGAUGCCUCAAACGAGAGGCUCUUCUGCUAACGACCUUGGUAGCUGUGGGACUCGGUAUAGGCAUUGGGUUUGCAGUCAGGACAUCUGGUCCCUCGGCCACCGCUCUUAUGUGGAUAGGUUUACCCGGUCAGCUGUACCUGCGAGCCUUGCGUCUCAUGAUUGUACCUUUGGUCAUUUGCAGCGUUAUUGUAGGUACGGCGUCACUCGAUGCAAAACAAAACGGAAAGAUUACAAUUGUGUCGUUUAUUUACAUCUUUGUCACCAACAUGAUCGGCACCAUCCUCGGAAUUCUUGGCUGGCUGGUCUUCCAGCCUGGGAAAGGAGGCGUUGGCCUUACUUCGAAUGAAAAGGUUGAAGAGAAUAAGAUAGAGACACAUGAUAUCUUUGCUGAUCUGAUCAGAAAUAUCUUCCCGAGUAACCUGUUUGAGGCGACAUUUCAGCAAGACCAGACUCAAUACCAGAAGGAGAUAAAUACCGUGUCUCCAGAUUCAAACACGACCGUUGUCAUCAUCACAAAGUCACUCGGAAAAACUGGUGGCGCAAACCUGCUUGGGCUUAUAUUUGUUUGUAUCGUGGUGGGCAUUGCAGCCUCCGCCUUGAAGGAAAAGGGGAAACCGUUCAUUCUCUUCUUUGAAUCUGCUGCCGCCAUUGUGACCAAGGUUAUCCGUUGGUUCAUGUGGUUGACGCCGACUGGUGUGUUAAGUCUUAUCCUAGCAACAUUUGCUAGUCUUGAUGACGUCGGUGCUGUCUUCAGGGAACUCAGUCUCUUUAUUGGAGCCGUAAUUGUGGCACUUGUGGUUCAGCAAGUGAUUGUUUUACCACUAAUCCUCUUCCUGACCACGAGGAACAACCCCUUUGUCCAUCUCAAGAACAUUGGCCGCCCAUGGAUAAUUGCUUUUUCAACAGCUAGCUCCGCAAUAUCCAUUCCUGAGAUGAUUUACUCAUGUGAGCACCUGUUGAAGAUCGACAGUCGCAUCACCCGGUUCGUUAUCUCCUUCUGUGUGACCUUAAGCGCGAACGGGUCAGCCUUGUUUAUAGCUUGCUCCUGUCUGUUUAUCUGGAACUUGACGGGCGAAGUACCUACCGGCGGUGACGUGAUUACACUUGGUUUGCUUGUGACAGUUUCGUCGUUAGCUAUUCCUUCUGUGCCGAGCGCUUCCAUCGUUACCAUAGUGAUGCUCCUUGAUUCAUUAAGCAUUCCUGGAGAGGCUACCGCGUUGUUGUUUGGUCUGGAAUUUCUUUUAGACCGCCUCCGGACAACAAGUAGCGUGUCCAGCAAUACAAUGUGCGCCGCUGUGACUGCCCACUUCUGCCAAGUGCCUCGAAACCUAUCUGCAAAUAACACUAAGAUGACAAACGGUGGCGAAAAGAACGAGCAUAUUAUUCAUAGACCAGAGGAAUCAUCUGUCGUUAGACUGUAGGUUGAUAACGUAUCGCGAUAAUUGAAUAAGCCUGUUAAGUAACACUCUUAUUCAAAAUCAAUACAUACACAUGUAUAGCAAACAUAAGUUUUGAGUGAUACGCCUUUAACUACUUACUAUAUAAUGCAUUUAUGGAAAAUAUUAAAUUCGGAUAACAAGA